UAUUAUAAAAAAGUUUUACUGAGGGCUGAUCGCUGAUGUCGUACUGGUGCAAAUUGCAAAAUAUGUGAAAUAGCAAAAUUAUCUACUUUUUUUGUACUUAUGUCAUAAACUUAGAAGUAACAAUUCCAGUUUGAGAGUGCUGUAAAUUUUUAAUAAGCAAUGGCGUCGAUUUCAAGUGAUGAAGAUCACAAGCCUUUGAUGUUUUUGGGUAAAGAUGUCUCAAAAAUUCCGUGUUUUCGUAACAGUUUCUUGUACGGCAUACUUGGAGGAUUUGGAAUGGGAAUUGGAUAUUUUUUGUGUACAAGUAGAACAUUAAGAUCUACACACUUUGGAUUUGGUUCUUUUGUUACGAUAUCUUCUGUUUAUUGGGGAGUUUGCAGAUACAAUUAUGAUAAUACAGAACAAAGACUAAACGAACUAAAGGGUAUUAUCAAUGCUAAGAAGAGUGGCACUGAUAUCAAUGACUGAACAUCACUAAAGACAUUAUGAAUAAAUAAUAUUCGCUGAUACCAGCCAUAAUCCAUUUGUAUACAUCCAGUACACAAGACAAGUGUGUUUAGUUGUUUCAAAAUUGAAUUGUUUAAGUGUUUACAUAACAAUAUCAGGGAAGCAGUACCUCGCAAGUACUGUUGUGUGCUAGCUGCUGCAGAUACUUACUCAAAGUAUAGCAAUCAAAGAAGGUUGGACACCAACACACCAGAACUUACUGUACCCAGUUAUUAUUAUGUAGAAAUUGUUUUUUGUUCAGUUAUUGUUAUAGACAAAUACAUGUUAAGUGGUUAUUAA